AGUUUAUACAGAAGAGAGGAUCUUCUGUCGCUCUGCUAAUAGAGUUUUUAUAUUGGGUUUACUUGCGAUAUUCAUAUUUCUCGUUGUGUUUUUAUUAUUAUUAUUAUUAUUAUUUAUUAUUAUUAUUAUUAUUAUUAUUAUAUUAUUAUUAUUAUUAUUUAUUAUUUAUUGAAUAUUUAUUUAGCUGUGGUGUGUGUGCAUAUCUACCUGCAUUUAUUUCAAAUAAACUGACGGUCAACUUCAAAGACGCUCUACCGGACUGCACUUCUCUCUGAAGUCUCUCUCGUCAAGUCAUUUUAGUUUUGUGGUUAUAGUCAUCGCGAUGGUCGCCCUUGUAUCCGGGAUGAGCCCCCUGGAUCGUGUCGCUGGUUCGGGGCUUCUCUGCUCGGCUUGCGGGUUCCUGCUAAUCCGACCCAAACAAACGAUCUGCGGGCAUCGAUACUGCUGCGAAUGUAUGACCAGCAUGCUACAGAAGUCAGGAGCCGCUGAGUGCUGUGUGUGCCGGGAGAAGAUCCAGGCCUCGCAGGUGUUUCCUGACAAGGCUGCAGAGAAAGACGUCUCUGGCAUGGAGAUCCAGUGUCCAAAGUGUAGCAGCGGCUGCACCUGGAGAGGACUGCUCCGAGACUACCUGAGCUCUCACGAGAGGGAGUGCGAGCAUGCAGUGGAGCCGUGCACCAAUGCUACCUUUGGCUGUGCGUUCAGCGGGGAGCGAAGGGCACUGCAACACCACGAGAGCCACGUCUGUGACUGGAGGCUGGUCUACUGUCAGCACUGUAGCUGCUCCCUGCCACACAGCCUGCUGGAGGAUCACUUGUCAAACUGUCCGAAAAACAAGCCCAAGAAUACACCAGAGAUACUGCCCAGAGGCACAGGGGCGGAGGAGGAACCCCAGCCAGAAGACAAGAGCUCCUGCCAAUCUGAGAGGCACCACUCUUCCAAGAAGCCCCAGUCCCUGGUAGACGAGAUCUGCUCCCCGGCUCACCUCCUUAGGCUGCUGUCGGUCACCUCCUCCCUGCAGACUCGCCUCGACCGGGGCGAGGAGGUCAACGUCGCCUUCAAGAAGCUGGUGAUGAGCAAACUGCUGGCAAUGCAGAGCCUGCUGUCCACCAAGCAGGGGGAGAGGGAGGGGGAUGCCCAGACACCCAGGGAAGAAAUCGCAACACUCACUCAGGACCUGGCCGUUUGCAGAGGGGCUCUAGCGGAGCUCCAGAGCCGCUGCCUGGGGUAUGAGCGAGCCCUGCAGCACCUCCAGAGCAGGGGGGGCGCCACCGCGUCCGAGAACGGGACCCUGGUGUGGAAGAUCAAAGGCUUCUCUGCCAGCCUGAGGGAGCCGGAGCGCAGCGUGGCCCUCUCUCUCCACUCCCCUGCCUUCCUCAGCCACCCGUUUGGGUACAGACUGUGCCUCCGAUUGUACCCCCGCGGAGACGGGGUGGGCCGAGGCUCCCAUGCCUCCCUGUUCCUGUGUGUGAUGCGGGGCGAGUGGGAUGACGUCCUGCCCUGGCCCUUCAGGCACAAGGUCACCUUCUCCUGCCUGGACUCCUCUGGGGGCGGCAGCGACGUGCGCGAGGCCUUCCUCCCCGACCCCCUGAGCGCCUCAUUCCAGAAGCCCCGCGCUGCCGUCAAUGUGGCCAGCGGCUGUCCCCUCUUCAUCAGGCACUCCCUGCUGCUCGCCCCCCACAACCCCUACCUUCGCAACGACACCCUGUACAUCAAGGCUGUCAUCGAGACGCACUGACACACCGACAAACAGAAACACAGUGACACUGCCAGAGAGACAUGUACAUGCUGCAGGUCAAGGAAGUCAUUAAUAUGAGUAGGAGACAUGCAGAUACACUGCCACAGAGACACACUGAUAUCAGUGCUGGCAUUGAUAGUAGAGAAGCAACAUGGCAAGCUGUACAGAAGCACACACGUUUGUUGAUAGUUUAUGAGCACUUUGCAUGGACUCCCAUGCUCUGCAGAUUCAUAUUCUAACCUUAGAGGGGUUUCAACAUAAUGAUGAAAGUUACAAAACUGCAUUGUGCAAGUUUUCAUUUCAAAUUCCUUAAACAGUAUGGGGGCCGGGCCUAUAUCCUGUAAGGUGGGUUUUGACCCUGAAAGCUCUAUAAACGAGUCCACAGACAAACACUCGAGUCUGGGGGAAACCUGCAACCUGCUCAGCUCUAUCCAGCAAUGCAUGACUGCAUCCAGAGCUGGAGAUAGACAGUCCGUGGACCAAGAUGUGUUCAAACACCAAAUCAGAAUCCACAGAGACUGCAUGAUGCUGCUUCUCGCUGGCACGAACAGAAGGGGGCAGUGGUUACUCACUGAUAUUUAUGUAGACAUUUAUUUAUUUAAUUAUCGCAUUUUGAUCCUGUACUGCUGGUUUAAAAUAACAUCUGUUGGUUGCAUGUAUAGCCGUGUUUUGCAAAAACUAAAUAGAUAUUGAUCACAAAGCAAGACGCUACAAUGCACUGUAAUGCAUAGCAAAGUCACACCUGGUGGUAUUGACGCACAUUGCUUUACCAGACACAGCAGCACUGUCUCAGGACACGUUAUUUUAGGUUUAGAGAAAAAUAAUCCAAGCUCAAUACUGGAGUGAGAGAACCACAAUCCCAGUGGCAGUGUUAGAAGCUAUUAAAAAAGCAAUUGAAUUUACUCAAGCUACGUUUUCCGUCAGCCUUUGGGAGUCGAAAGCGGUUUGAAAUCAGACUUUUUUCCAAGCGGCAGAUCUGAGCGCAAAUCCAUUUCGAUUGGGACUGUCAGCCCAGUUAGGAUGGCAGAAGUCCAUCUCUCCAAGAAGGAUGCUAGAGAGAUUUCUAAAUCUGCAGUAAAACAUGUGGGCCGAGCAUGACGGCUGUGAAUAUAUUACACUGUAAAGCUUUUUCCAAAUGGCAAUUAUACAGUGAUACCUACAGGUGAUCUUUUGUGUAAUGUCUGGUUGCUGAUUGGAUUGCAGAUGUAGAUGGAUCCGGCAGUAGGCAGCCCCAGUUUGAUACUGGGAAAGAGAUGAUAUGUUUUAUGGUUCAUGGAAAUGGCGAUUUACUUGAUGAUCUGUCAUUUUAGGAGAUGGUGAAAAAUAUAAUGAUCUUUGCUCUAGAAAUAAGCAGACAAGAGUCGCAUUGUUUUCCAUGAAGGGUAUACUGUUAAUGGAAAACAAUUUGAAAAAGAUGUAAACUGUGAAAUAUAUUUAAUAAAGUUCUAUAUUUUUAUUAAA